UUUAUUGCUUAUUUUAAAGCAAAUAAUGCGUUAUAUAGGAAAACGCUGUUAUGAUUUUUCACACAGAAUUUACAUCUGCAAUCAGUUCUUGUAAACAAUGACAUUUUCAAAUCGUUUAAAAAAUACUGUCACAUAAACAAAUUAUUCUUUAACUAUUUUGUUCACUAAAAAUUCAUAUUGUUCCCUUAUAAUGAUAACCGCAUUGAUCCGAAAGUGAUAUCUUUGCUGGUCUGACCUCAGGCUUUGAAGGGUUGAAACGACGAAACUGUCCAUUUUUUGACAUUUUGCCUGAGGUAACACUUGUUCAGUGAUCCAAAAGGUACAACAUAUUUCAAAUUCAGUCAUUUUCACCGGGGCCCAAUUUCACGGGGUUUGGUGCGGGGUCCUUUGCCGUGAGGAAAUUUUAUUAUAUUUUUCAAGACCAAAGAAAUAUUUGGAAAAAUUCCUAUAUGUAUCCUAUUUAAUAUUGGGUGAGUGCAAAAGUUUUGAUGGGUUUCUCAUAUAUGUUGUAACUGAUUCAGUUCUACGGCAGUACUUAGAAAUUCGUAGAUGUAUUAUAUACCGUUUAAAAGGUAAUACUUCUAGCUAUCGUUAUAAAUGGGAAUUGGCUUGAUUUAAAUCAGUUUUGUUGUUUUAGAAUACAAUUGAAAAUGAAUAUUGAUAGAAUUCAUUUGCGUGUAAUUAUGAUGUACGAGUUUCGGAGAGGAACACGCAUUUCGGAUACCGUAAAAAACAUUUGCGAUGCGUUUGGACAGAACGCUGUGUCGAUUCCAACUUGCGAAAGAUGGUUCGCAAAAUUUAAACGGGGUGAUUUUAAUCUUGAAGAUCAGCCACGCUCCGGUUGGCCUUCUGACAUUGAUGACGAUAUUGUGCGCAAUUUAGUGGAUACCAAUUCACGAAUUUCGACACAGGAAGGUGCUGAGAGAUUAAAUGUUAACAGAUCAACCGCAUUUCGACAUUUAAAAAAACUUGGAUACAAUUUAAAGCUUGAUGUUUGGGUGCCACAUAAUCUGACAGAAAAGAAUAAAAUAGACCGAGUCUCUAUAGCUAAUUCCUUGCUUGGCCGAUUAAAAACCGAUCCGUUUUUGGAUCGAUUAGUAACGGGAGACGAAAAAUGGAUCCAAUACGACAAUGUGGAACGGAAACGAACUUGGAGGAAGAGUAAUGAAAGCGGUCAGCCAAUGCCAAAGGCCGGUUUGCAUCCUCGGAAGGUUAUGAUCUCAGUAUGGUGGGAUUGUAAAGGUGUGAUCUUUUAUGAGCUAUCUGUUGGCGAAACGAUCAAUUCUGAUGAGUAUUGUCAACAAUUGGAUAAUUUGAAGGCAGCAAUUGAAGAAAAACGUCCGAGUUUGGCCAAACGGAAAGGCGUUAUGUUCCAUCAUGAUAAUGCUAAACCCCAUACUUCGAUGCAAACGCAACGCAAGCUCAGGGAGUUAAAUUGGGAUCUUCUAUUACACCCGCCGUAUUCUCCUGAUAUUGCUCCAUCUGACUAUCAUUUGUUUCGAUCGUUACAAAAUAGUUUGAAUGGUAAAAAAUUCGCUUCUUUUGACGAUGUACAAAACUUCGUUUCUUCAUUCUUUAACGAAAAGUCGGCCACGUUUUAUGACAGAGGCAUACGAAUGCUACCAGAACGUUGGCAAAAGAUAAUAGAGAACAAUGGAGAUUACUUGACAGAAUGCAUAAAUCGUUUUGCAUUAAAUUACUCAGUCUAUUUUUCUAUCACGAUAUCCAUCAAAACUUUUGCACUCACCCAAUACAUUGCGGCAACCUCGAGUAAGCGCAUCUUAUGCACAUAGAAAACAUUUUCGCAUAGCUAUUUUAAGAAAACUAUCCUUUGGAAAGAUAAUUUUCAACAAAUAAUAAUUCUCUUUUUCCGCACAAGUGUAAGAAAGUAAGUUAAUGAUAUGACAUUGAAGAUGGUAGCAGUAUCAGGUAUGUAUAAUAAGAUGAGUAUUUGAAAUAAGAUAUGACUUGAUACAGCUAAUUACAUUGGCUUGGUAUAACAUCGCUUCCACUCUGACACUUGUAGUCCCACACAUACAUGCAAUAUUCAUAUGUAUUAAGCGAACAUUGUAAGCGCUUCGUAAUAAUGGAUUCUUAUUGUAAUUUACGAGCGAGGCAUUCUUACGCCUACUCGUCGAUUCAUUCACCAUGUUCUUUAGUGGAUAUCUGUAUCUUCUGUUCUGGAAACAGUACGAAACGUUUUCCUCCUGAUAUGCUGCGCUCGCUGCAGAUUACAGAGCAUGCUAUGCUUUUUAAUCGACAGCUAAAUGAUACAUAUUAUCUCAUGACGAACAUAAUAUAUAUUAUCCCAAAUUGCUUGUUUUGCAGCAUUGCUGUGAAUUUAUUGAUUAAUUUGCUAGAUGAUUUCUCCGUGAGAAACAUUUUAUUUUCAUAUUUGUUUACGUUAAAAUUUA